UCUGGCAGGGUUGUGUUAGCAUGCUUAGAGCUGCACUUAGAACUGCAAGAGGUUUUACUAUUUAAACUUUUUAUUGUGGUUGCUGGUUUCAUUCUACUAUUAACUGUAAAAUGAGAAAACCAAGUGUUUAAAUAGCAGCCUAUUUCUUUUGUCAUGAUUCAAUUCUUCUGAUAUUUUGACAGUGAUUUUGUUUGCUCUAGAUGUCCCCUUCCCCACAAUGCAUAAUUACUGCUUCGCCUUUAUUAGAGAAAUGUUAAUAUUCCUAGAUGUCAUUGAUCAGAGUGAAUCGCUUUGGUCCCCGGGGAGGUGGAAGAAAAACUCUGAAAGUAAAGAAGAAAGCUCCAGUGAGGCAAGAGUGGGACAACACUGUGAAUGAUCUAACAGUUCACCGGGCAACUCCUGAAGAUCUGGUGCGCCGUCACGAGAUACACAAGUCAAAGAAUAGAGCACUGGUGCACUGGGAACUUCAAGAAAAAGCCUUGAAGAGAAAAUGGAAGAAGCAGAAACCAGAAAAUUCAAGUCUUGAAAAAAGAAAAUUAUCUAUCAUGAAAGAGAUUCUAUCUGAUCAGUUCCAGAGGCAGGAUGUGCUGGAAAACUCCGACCAUCUGAUGGCUGCAGCCAAAGGUCUAUUUGUCGAUGCCCCUCGUAAGCGCACAGGGUUUCCGAAUGUAACAAUGGCUCCAGAUUCCUGUCAGAGUCCCAUUGGAGUAAAUCAAGACCCUGUCACCCAGUCUACCCUUAACGAAUCUGUCAUAGAGCCUCAGGCGCUGAAUGAAGUAGAUGACGAAGAGGAAGAAAGCACGGCUCACAGCCAAUCAGAAGACAGCGAGAGUGAGCUGCCUCCCUCCCCCACCUCACAGCCUAACCGGAACACAGAGAGGUUUCUUCACCAACUAAAGGAAGAGAAUUCUGAGUUAAUCAGUCAACUGUGGACUGAUAUUCAGCAGAAAAUAGCUACCCAGUCACAGAGAACUCUUCCAGGAACUCCAUCCUCAGAACUCUCAGCAGAGGACCAGAAAGGUGCUCUGAAUGCCACGGAUGCGGUCAAGAGAAUCCAGGCGGGGCUUCAGGCUGAGGAGUCUGCUGAGACUGUAGCCUCCAGCCAUGUGGGACAAGUGCUGAACCCAAGGAAGCAAAGGCAGCUGUUAAAUAAAGUGAAAAGAAAACCAGAUAUGCGUGCUCCUUCCAAGCAGAGGAAAAACAUGUCAUCCACCAGUACAGCCUCUGCAGACUUACCAAGUAGCAAUAGUUCGAGCCUGGACAUCCUCAAACACAUGAUACAUGAAGUGGAACACGAGAUGGGAGAGUAUGAGCGCUGGACAGGGCGUGAGGUCAAGGGGCCGCAGGGUGCGCAGGGCCUCACAGGCUUCACCCUGUCGCUGGUGAGCUCCCUCUGCCGCCUGGUUCGCUAUCUUAAAGAGAGUGAAAUCCAACUUCGGAAAGAAGUAGAGACAAGGCAGCAGCUGGAACAAAUGCUAGGUGACCAUCGGGAGCUCAUUGAUGCUCUGACAGCGGAAAUUCUCCUCCUCAGAGAAGAGCAUAGCACCACGCAGGCGAGACUUCAGCAGUACAUGGUCACUACAGAUGAGCAGCUUAUAUCACUCACACAUGCCAUUAAGAACUGUCCUGUGAUAAAUAACUCCAGACAAGAGAGUCAAGCAUCAGAAAGGGCAGCAAUGGGUAGAAGACUUGUGGAUAAUGUAGAGGGUCCUAUUGUAAGCAGUGAUGUCUCCAUGCCACUGAUGUUCAGAGGAGAAGAAGUGGCUGAAUUCCCACAGGAAGAGUUGCCUGUUAAACUAUCUCAGGGGCCAACCCCGACAGAGAACUUAAAUCUGGCCAAUAAUUUUCCAGCACAUAUUUUCGAGCCAGCUGUGAUGCUAACACCACCCAGGCAGAAAAGUAACUCAGAGUUCUCUCCUCUGCAGGAUGUGUUGAGGAGAACUGUUCAGACUCGUCCUGCUCCACGAAUCCCUCCCACGGUGGAAGUCAUAGAGAAGGAACACAGCUGGGAAAAGAAGAGCUUGCCUGUCGAUCCAGACCGGAACUCAAGUGAGGAAAAUCGUCUCUUCACUCAGAGGUGGAGAGUCUCUCACAUGGGAGAGGAUCUGGAGAACAAAGUGCAGCCACCAUUUGUUAGCCUGUCACAGCCCCCAUGCAAUCCCCUUCCCACCACUCAACAGUCAAGGAGCCCUGCGUUCUCGGAAGAGCCCCCCGUGCUGGGAGACGGGCAGCAGCUUAGAGCAAACGAGGCACUGGUACAGAGGAAGGACCUAAUGGCACGGAUUGCUGAGUUGACACUGCAGAAUUCAGCCAUCAAGGCACACCUGAAUAAUAUCACCGGGUCAGGGGGCGAGCAAGGGGAUGGACUUCGGGAGCCAAGCAAACAGGGAAGUGCCAGCGACAUGUCAGCUAGCUUCCCAGCAGUUCAGUCUCUGGCGCCAAGUAGCAUGGAGGAGCGGAUUGCAGAGCUGAACCGGCAAAGCAUGGAGGCUCGCAGCAAGCUGCUCCAGCUGAUGGAGCAGCAGAAGCUUGUUGGCUUGAACCUCUCCUCUUCCCCAGCGUCACCUGUGCAGCCACCUCUCAGCGCGUGGGCCGAAGAAGGAAAGCGAACCAUUGACGUGACUGUCCCAGUAGUGGAGGCUCCAGAGAGUUCCAAAUGCAACAGUGUCUCCCCGGUCAGUGGGAUCAGUUCAAGAAGAUCUUCAGGGGCCACUAGCAAUUCUUGUUCUCCGCUAAACGCCACCUCCGGAAGUGGGAAGUUCACGCCUAUUAAUCCAAGAACAAAGACUGAAAGGCAAAGUGAAGAAGGCUGGUUUGCUCUUUCUACCCACAUGCCAUAAGCGAAGCCCAGUGUUCUCAGUGACAUGUUCCCGGCUUUCUGUUGCCACUUUGAGGAUCCUCUUUUCAAGUUGUGACAUUUUUCUUCAGAUGAAACCUGCAAAGAUAUCCUGUGUUAGUGG